AUGAACGAUUUAAUUGCAAUAGCUAGAACGUUUGACUAUCAUGUUGUUGCUGUCUUCGAAACAUGGUUUCGAAAUGACUCAGUUCCUAACAUCGAUGGGUAUAAUUUAUAUCGCAAAGAUCGCUGUGACGGACGUCGAGGUGGUGGUGUUGCUAUCUACAUUACUGACUUAUUUAACUCUCACGAAGUUAAUCAGUUCUAUACGAACUCACUUGAACAAGUUUGGGUAUCAGUACAAAACAACCCAAAACUCGUUUACAAAUACAUUAACAACCAACUAAAAAUUAAAGAUAAAAUUCGUUCUCUCAAAAAUGCUUCAGGUGAAAUUACUGAAACUCUUCCCGAUAUACUUGAACUUUUGAACUCUCAAUUCAAAUCUAUGUUUACUCUUGAAAGCCCCGAAAAUUUUCCAUUGUUAAAUAAAAGUGAAGUUACACCUAAAUGCAAUUAUAAUAACAACUUGGAUUUUUCCAUUGCAGACAUUAUUAAUGAACUAACCAAUCUAAACCCUUACAAAUCUUUUGGACCUGACGGGUUGCACCCUUUAAUACUUAAGAUAUGUGCCAAAAGCUUUGCAAUUCCGCUUACAAAAAUCUUCUAUGAAUCUUUCAAUUCUGGAAUAGUACCAACUCUCUGGAAAUUAGCAAAUAUUAGUCCGAUCUAUAAAAAAAAGGGAGACAAACUACUUCCUGAAAACUAUCGCCCUAUUUCACUUACCUCUGUUGCAUGA